AAGAAAAUGGCAAGUCGUGGUGGAAAUCGUCGCUCCCAGCCAGUGGAUAAUACCAUCGCCUAUGUCCAGUGCGAUGGCCUGGCUGCGAUGAAAAUGGUGAAACAUUGCCAUGAAGAGUCGCUGAACAACAUGGAGGUGGCGCAGGGAGCGUUGCUCGGUCUGGUGGUCGACGAUCGGCUCGAGAUUACCAACUGCUUCCCGUUCCCGAAGUCGGACGAAACGAUCGACGAAGAAGAGUACCAGCUGAACAUGAUGCGCCGGUUGCGGCACGUGAACGUUGACCACUUUCACGUCGGCUGGUACCAGAGCGCCGAUGUUGGCAACUUCCUUUCGAACACGCUGCUCGAGUCGCAGUACCACUAUCAGACCAGCAUCGAGGAGUCGGUGGUCGUGAUCUACGACACGCAGAAGUCGGCCCGCGGCUUCCUGACGCUGAAGGCGUACCGCUUGACGCCGCAGGCGAUCGCCAUGUACAAGGAGCGCGAUUUUACGCCCGAAGCGCUGCGCAACCUGAAGGUCGGGUACGAAAACUUGUUCGUCGAGAUUCCGAUCGUGGUCAAGAACUCGGCCCUGUGCAACAUCAUGAUGUCCGAGCUGACGGAGAUGGUGCCGGAGGAGGAGGGUACGCACUUUCUGGAUCUCGGCACGGCCUCGGUGCUCGAGAACCAUUUGCGCUGCAUGAUGGACCGGGUGGACGAGCUGAACCACGAGGCGACCAAGUUCAACAAGUACCAGCAGGCCGCCAUUCGACAGGAACAGGAAAAGCACCGGAUGCUGGCCAAGCACGCCCAGGAGAACGCGGCCCGCAUUGCCAAGGGCGAGACGGCGGUGCCGGAGGAAGAGAUCAACAAACUGUUCCGCCCGAUACCGGUACCGACACGCCUCAAUCCGAUGAUCGUGUCCGGGCAGAUCAACACGUACGCGCAGCACAUUUCUCAGUUCUGUUCGCAGUCGCUCGCCAAACUGUACAUGACUCAGGCUCUUCAGAAUGCCAAGGAGAACAAGUAAUACGCUUGAUUGUGGUAGAAUUGAAAGGUAAACACGUGACCAAUCAUCCCCGACAUCAGGAGCAACCACCAGCAGGCAGCAGCAGCAAACAAACGUUCCAGGCGGUUCACACUAUCGUUCCAGGAGAGGGUUGUAACCCUAGCGAAGGGCCGGAGUGUGAACUAUUAAAGUAAUAAAAUGAAUCCACCUUUCGUAGUGCUUCUCUUCGCAAAACCGAGGAAAACUACGGCCAGGUGCGGGUCAAA